UGUGUGUGUGAGAGAGAGAGAGAGAGAGAGAGAGAGCGCGCGCGUAAGGAACAAUCGUAGGAUCCCGUUCAUCUCGAUCGCUGCUGCGCGGAGCGAAAGGAUUUAAAGGGCAAGUCUUCCUGGCGCAGACUUAAUGGAUGUUUCCGUUGCAUGAAGAAUUUUUUUUUGGCGGAUGGAGGAUGGAGCUGUUCACCAUGAAAGGAUUACUUUUGGGUUUGUUGCCGAGUUGCUCUGUCCACGCGCCUGUACCGAUCUAAAACAGCUCUAUAGGUGAUCGAGGUUUGGCUGAUCAAGAGAGUGUGUGGAUCCUCUUCUGGAUGUGAAUCUAACGGCUGUGCAGGAAUGCAGAGGACUCAAGCAAGCCUAUAAAUCAACUUUCUUAUGCUCAUGUUUUGCAGACUUAGAGCUGCUGCACGCAUCACCGUGUUGUUGUUGUUGUUGAUUUUUUUUUAAUUGUUGGCACUAAUGCGCCGUGACAGCGCCGCCACUUUGCUGCAAAACUGCCACGAUCGCCGAGUCUAAUGUUGUGCUCCGGCCAGGAGGAAUGCGCCCGCGGCUGUGCGUCUAGGCUAGUGCACGGCGCUCACGGAGCCUUGAUGUCGGACAACGAGCACGAGCAUCGUCGGGAUCGGGAACAGACGUAGGACACACACAGAAAAAGCGCGCAUGAGAAGCGGUUAAGGUGUCGUAUGUUCAGGACGAGACGCGGCGCUCUGGUUCGGCGACUCUGGAGAAGCCGUUUGAUCGCGGACGGAGAGGAGGCCGAUGGAGGCAGCAAGAGCGGCGACGAUCCGGAGAACAUCUCCCAAACGGAGCCUGCGGCUGUGGGAAACUCCGGGGGAUCCAGCGACACCCUGGCUCUGGUGGAAAGUGCAGGAUCAGAGCUUGUUUUAGAGCAAGAAGGCAUCCAGGUGGACAUGUGUGUCCAGGAGCAGCGUGGACUCCCUCCAUCGGAGGAGAGCGACAGCAGGACAGUGACCUGCUGUUGGUUUAAAGACCUCCACAGAAGCAAAAGUGACCUUUCUGAUCACUGGCAGAUUAGAGACCAUAGUGCUGCAGAGUCGAGAACUCGUAAAACAUUACUGGAGCAAGAACUUCAAAGGUGUGCAUAUGCACUCCUGAAAAAGUUGAAGGAGAAACCUCUGGGCGUCUUGUUGGAGGCAGUGGAGUCUAAAGGCGCUGUGUUGGGUGGUUGUGUUGUAGCUCCUCAGGCCGAGCUGCAUGUUGGAGGUCGUGCUGCAUCUCCUCAAUACCUGCUGUGUAGGUUUUUCCGCUGGCCUGACCUGCAGCUCGCCUCCCCGCUCAAAGCGCUGUGCUGCUGUCAGAGUUUCAGGGCGCCAGGCGACGAGGUGCCAUGCUGCAACCCCUAUCAUUACAGCCGCCUUUGUGGACCAGAUUCGCCGCCUCCUCCCUACUCACAGCUCUCUCCCAAACUAGGACAGGAGUCUCUGGUUCCUAUACACCCGGUGUUGCCUUUUACUGAGAUUGAGGCAACUGGAUCACCCAGCAGCACAUCCGGGGGUCACUCAGAUACCAGCACGUCUCCCUCCUCACUUGGACGCACCCACUGGUGUAACGUGGCUUACUGGGAGCACCGGAUGCGUGUGGGCCGCCUGUAUCCGGUAUACGACUCCUCCCUCACCAUCUUCUAUGACCUACCUCAGGGCACGGGCCUGUGCCUGGGCCUGCUGCCCAACACGGGCCGCGCCAGCUCAUCAGUUCAGCGUGCACGCGCCAAGAUCGGCCACGGUAUCCUGCUGAGCCGAGAGGCUGAUGGCGUGUGGGCCUACAACCGCAGCCAGCACCCCGUCUUCAUCAACUCACCCACCCUGGAGCUCCCCCGCUGCCGCAGCCCUACCGUCACGAGGGUGAUGCCAGGCUACUCGGUUAAGGUUUUCGACUACGAGAAGUCAUGCCAAAUUGGGCACCUGACGCACUCGGAAGGGCCGUACGAUCCAAACAGUGUGAGGAUCAGCUUUGCUAAAGGCUGGGGGCCAUGCUACUCAAGACAGUUUGUCACGUCAUGUCCUUGCUGGCUGGAGAUUCUGCUCAACAACCACAGAUAGCACACACACACACACACACUGUGCCCAUUUACUUAAUCAUGCUUAUCUCUCUCUCUCUCUCUCUCUCUCUCACACACACACACACACACACACACACACAGGCACACAAAUACAUUCACAAUCCCAAUCCCAAAAUGUAAUCUAUCUAGAUUUAAUAUAAAGUUUUAUAUAUACAUAUUAUAUAAAGGACAUUAUACUUGUAAAUAAUGAGUCCUUUUUACAGUGUAAUUAUUUAUGUAUGGUGCAAUGUGUAUAUGGACAUGAGGAAAAACAAGAUGAUCAGGUGAUGCACUUUGGAUUCUGUAUGCUCACAUGGAAUCUUUGCCAUUUUUACUAACGGAUGUGUACAGAAACCCUGGUUUUGGUGUAUAGUUUUCAUAUACGAUCAAUAUCCAGAAAAAACUAAGUACCGUGGACAAAUUGAUAAUAAAGUAUUCCUCAGAUA